UUACUUCUGCAAGUCUAAUAACCAUACAACAGAAUAACACAAUGAAGGAUGAUUUCAUAAAUUACACAGAAAAAGAACAACCUAAUCCUAAAUCUGCAAGUAAUGGCUAUGACAAUCCUGCUUUCCAACAUGAUGAAAAACCUGAGCAAAAUGACCAGUUACAGAAGAACAAGAAAAAAAAGAAAAAUGAGGAGUCAAAGGAAAAGAUGGUUGGCAUUUUGAAAUUGUUUGCGUAUGCCGAUUGGCUGGAUAUCAUUUUGAUGAUAAUAGGCUUGAUUGCAGCUGUUGCAAAUGGAACAGGGCUGCCACUUAUUAUCGUUGUCACUGGAGAGAUGACAAACAGCUUUGUGACGAUUGGCCAAGCAGUAAAUGUAUCUUCAGUUAAUCUUUCAGCUAUGAUGAAUAGUAGCUCUACUUGUCCAGCUAUUCCAGGUUUGGAUAUAGAAGCUGAAAUGACCAGGUUUGCCUACUACUAUGCGGGUAUUGGCUUUGCUGUAGUGAUACUGAGCACCAUCCAAGUCUGGACAUUUCUGACCUCAGCUGCAAGACAGACAGCAAGAAUCCGACAAAAGUUUUUUUUCGCCAUACUUCACCAGGAGAUGGCUUGGUUUGAUACCAGCCAGAUUGGAACGUUGAACACCCGACUGACGGAUGACAUUAACACCAUCCACGAAGGCAUCGGAGACAAGAUCUGUAUAUUUGUACAAUUCUUUUCCACGUUUCUGACAGGGAUUGUUAUAGGAUUCGUCUACGGGUGGAAACUGACUUUGGUGAUAUUGUCAGUUAGCCCUCUCCUUGCUGCAGCAGCAGCAGCUGGAUCAUUUUUCCUGGCAUUAUUCAUUACAAAAGAGCUGUCUGCUUAUGCUAGAGCAGGAGCUGUGGCAGAAGAAAUUUUGACUUCUAUCAGAACAGUCGUUGCUUUCAAUGGACAGAUGAAGGCAUUAGCAAAAUAUGAUGUUAACCUGGAGAAUGCUAGGAAAGUUGGAGUAAAAAAAUCCAUUACCACCUACACAUCUUUGGGUUUCACAGAGUUUAUUUCAUUUGGAGCCUUUGCUCUUGCAUUUUGGUACGGAACCAAACUCACAGUGGAGGAGAAAGAGAAUUAUGACAUCGGACAUGUGUUAAUUGUAUUAUUCUGUCUGUUCCGUGGCGCAUUCUACCUCAUCCAGGGCUUCCCACACUUGGAAUGUGUUGCCAGUGCUCGAGGUGCUGCCUAUGAAGUGUACAAGGUCAUCAGUAAGCACCGUCUUCUAGAUAGCAGUUCCAAGGAAGGAUACAGACCAGAUAAGCUCAAAGGAGAGAUUGAAUUCAAAAACAUCCAUUUCAGUUACCCAUCCAGACCUGAUGUUAAAAUUCUCAAGGGCCUGAACCUGGAAGUUCAAUCGGGGAAGACCAUCGCUCUGGUUGGCUCCAGUGGCUGUGGCAAAAGUACUGCUAUUCAGCUGCUACACAGAUUCUAUGAUCCAGUCCAAGGAGAGAUUACCUUAGAUGGACGAGAUAUUCGGACACUUAAUAUAAAGUGGCUAAGAGAACGUAUUGGCCUUGUAAGCCAGGAGCCUAUUUUGUUUGCUACAACAAUAGCUGAGAACAUUCGCUGUGGCAGAGAGGGUAUUACUGAUUCUGAAAUAGAGAAAGCAGCUAAAGAAGCCAAUGCUUUUGAUUUUAUAUCCAGACUGCCUGAUAAAUUUAACACCCUGGUGGGGGAAAGGGGAGCUCAGCUGAGCGGAGGGCAGAAACAGCGAAUUGCUAUUGCCCGUGCCCUGGCAAGGAAUCCCAGGAUUCUGCUGCUGGAUGAAGCCACGUCUGCUCUGGACACUCAGAGUGAAUCUGUUGUGCAAGCAGCUCUUAAUAAGGCUAGGUCUGGACGUACCACCAUUGUGAUAGCUCACCGGCUCUCCACAAUCCGAACAGCUGACAUUAUCGCUGGAUUUCACAACGGUGUUGUUGUUGAACAGGGAACACACAGUCAACUCAUGACACAGAAGGGUGUCUACUAUUCUCUUGUGAUGCAGCAGGGUCAUGGUGGAAACACUCAAAAUGAGCUGUCAGAAAGCAAUGAAGAGACAGAAGAUGAAGACUAUGAGGAAGAGGAUCUAGAUGAUUUCAGGAUGGAGAAUCUGACUGAUCUUGGUGGUUUUGAAGAGCCAGGAAUCACUGAGAUGGGAAGCAUUCCUAAGAGAUCCAGAAGACAUACAAGCAGAAAGACCUCUUCUAAGAAAAAGUCACCUGCAAAGAAGAAAACAAAGGAGAAAGAGGGGGAAAAUCUUCCUGCUGUGCCUUAUUCUAGAAUUCUGGCUCUGAACAAACCUGAGUGGCUGCAUAUAUUCUUUGGCGUGAUUGCUGCUGCCUUCUCUGGUGGCAUCUACCCUGCACUUUCUGUUGUAUAUGGAAAAAUCAUUGGGGCUUUUGAAGAAACAGAUCCUGAAAAAAGGAGCAAAAACACCACAUUGCUUUCUCUAAUGUUUCUUGUCCUGGCAGUGAUCAGCUUAGUAACACACAUCAUCCAGGGAUUCAUGUUUGGAAAGUCUGGGGAAGUUCUGACCAAGAGAUUGCGAUAUUUGUCAUUCAAAGCAUUGCUUCAGCAGGAGAUUGGCUGGUACGACGAUCCUAAAAAUGCCAUAGGGGUUUUGUUAACCAGACUAGCUACAGACGCUUCACAAGUCAAAGGGGCUACUGGAAGCCGACUUGGCUUGUUCACUAAGACUGCCUCUACCCUUCUGUCCGCCAUCAUUAUUGCUUUUGUAUAUGAUUGGCAAUUAACUUUGCUUAUCCUGGCCUGCAUUCCUUUCAUUAUUGCUGCAAGUGCUAUUCGACUGAGCUCUGUGGCUGGUCGUGCGUCAAAAGAUCAAAAAGCUUUUGAAGAGGCCGGAAGAACUUCAGUGGAAGCAGUUGAAAAUAUAAGAACUGUGGCUUCAUUAACUAGUGAAGAUGCAUUCUAUGAGAAAUAUAAUGCAAGUUUGAAUGGUCCAUACAGGGACUCUCUAACAAAAGCCCCCCUAUAUGGACUUACCUAUGGAAUAGCUCUAAGUGCAAUCUACUUUCUUGAGGCAGCAAUCUUCAGAUUCGGGGGAUGGCUCAUUGCUAAUUGUUAUACAAACUUUGAAAAUGUAUUUAUAGCCUUUUUUUCAGUUCUCUAUGGUGUUUUAAAUGUUGGCCUCUCCACUUCUUUGGCACCAAAUUUCGGCAAAGCUAAAGUUUCUGCCCAACGAAUCUUUCAGCUUUUGGAUCGGAAACCAUUAAUUGACAGCUAUAGUGAAGAGGGUACAAAACUGAGUCAGUUUGAUGGCAACAUUGAAUUCAGGGACAUCCAUUUUGUAUACCCUACAAGACCAGAAGCUCAUGUUUUGCAAGGACUCAGUGUGAAGGUUAAUAAAGGACAGACGCUAGCCUUGGUGGGGAGCAGUGGUUGUGGCAAAAGCACAUCCAUUCAGCUGCUGGAGAGAUUUUAUGACCCUAUGGCAGGACAAGUGUUUGCAGAUGGGUUAGAUACUAAGUCUUUGCACUUGCAAUGGUUAAGGUCCAAAUUGGGUAUUGUGUCCCAGGAGCCUAUUUUGUUUGACUGCAGCAUUGCUGAAAAUAUCCAGUAUGGAGACAACAGUAGGGUUGUCAGUCAGGAGGAAGUUGAAGAGGCAGCUAAAGCAGCAAAUAUUCACACCUUCAUAGAAAAUUUCCCAGAGAAGUAUAAUACCCAAGUGGGUGACAAAGGAGCACAACUUUCUGGAGGUCAGAAACAAAGAAUAGCAAUUGCUCGUGCUCUAGUUCGUAAGCCAGCAGUUCUGCUUCUAGAUGAAGCCACAUCUGCUCUUGACACGGAAAGUGAAAAGAUUGUCCAGAAAGCCUUGGACGAUGCCAGGAAGGGUCGAACCUGCAUUAUUAUUGCUCACCGCUUGAUGACCGUCCAGAACGCUGAUGUCAUAGCAAUGAUUCAUAAUGGAAAAGUAGUGGAACAAGGGACUCACAGCCAGCUGCUGGCAAAGGAAGGACAUUACUAUGCACUUGUAAAUGCACAAGUUUCUCAUUAACAUUAAUGUUACAAACGAAUCUAUUUAUAUAAAUACACACACAACCACAGAUAAAUAAUAUUAAUGAGGUGCAUCCUUACUGAGAUAUCUGCAGGUUUAAAACACGUAGUAAAAAACAGAGCAGAGACAUUUAUUUCUUCGUUGUCUCACAGCUUUAGAGUUACUUAGUCCUAUUGGUAAAAUCCUUUGGGGCGUGUUGGUUAAUUUUAAACUGCUUUUAUAUUAAUGAUUACAAGCCUUUCAUGGAAAUAUAUAUUGACAAAAUAGAUCACAAACUGUUCGUUUAUAAAGUAUUGCUAAAACCUGUAUUAUUGACCUAACAGAACUUACUGGUUCUUUGGAAACCAUUAAGGCUAUUUCCAAAAGAUUUAAAAAUAAUUAUUAUUGGCCCAAUGACCAUGAUGGCUCCUUUUGGAGCUGAUUAAUGUCAACCAUGUAAACAGCUAUUUAACAAACAACUGUGUGUG